AUGCCGCACUCCACCACGCCGUCGCCCGCGGGGCUCUACCGCAUAGGCGUCGACGUCGGCGGCACAAACACAGACGCGGCCAUCCUCGAUAUCACAAGUCUCGAUAGCCCCGAUCGGGGCGUCCUGGCGUCGCACAAGGCCUCAACGACACCCGACAUCACUAGUGGUAUCGCCAACGCCAUUCGGGCGGUCCUGGAGGCAUCCCAGGCUGACCAAAGGAGAGUCCUCAGUGUGACUGUUGGCACGACACAUUUCAUCAAUGCCCUGGUCGAGGCAGACGCCCGGCGCCUGCAGCGCGUUGCCGUUGUUCGCCUCUGCGGCCCCUUCACCAGGCAGAUUCCUCCAUUCUCAGAUUUCCCUACAGGCCUGAGGAGGGUCUUGGACGGCGGUGUUCACUACCUGGAUGGCGGUCUUGAGAUCGAUGGCCGGUCUAUUGCGCCCUUAGACCCUGAUCAGAUCCGCCGUGCCACGCGGGAAAUCGUUGCCGCCGGGGUUGGCUCGGUUGCCGUUGUGGGCGUAUUUUCCCCGCUGGACCACGAGGGCAUCGGCGAAGAGGCAUGCAAGAAGAUCAUGCUCGCAGAGAGCCCAGAACUGGACGUUGUAUGCUCGCAUGAUAUUGGGCCGACUGGGCUUCUGGAGCGUGAGAACGCGACAAUCCUCAACGCUGCAAUCCUACGGACAGCACGCAAGGUUACCGCAAGCUUCAAGUCAGCACUUCGAAGUCUGCAACUAAACUCGUGCAAGCUAUAUCUUUCCCAAAACGACGGCACCCUCAUAGAGGCGGAUGCCGCAGCCGAAUACCCCAUCAAGACGUUCGCCAGUGGUCCUACAAACAGCAUGACCGGAGCUGCAUUUCUUGCUGGCCUAGACAAAAGCAAGGCAGCCACGACACAUGAUGAGCAGGACGCUAGAGUAGGCCAUGCCCAGCAGGAACCACAGAUUCUGGUCGUCGACAUUGGUGGCACUACGACUGAUGUAUGCGCACUGCUCCCCUCUGGGUUUCCCAGGCAAGCUCCUGGCUUCGUUGAGGUUGCCGGAGUGCGAACAGCCUUUUCUAUGCCACAUGUGGUGUCAAUUGGAUUGGGGGGCGGCAGUAAAGUUCAUCUUCCAGAUGAUCUCAACCCUUCGGGUCCUGCAGCGCAGAACACAGUCGGGCCGGACUCAGUCGGGCACUUUCUGACGAAACAGGCGCGGGUCUUUGGAGGUUCCACAUUGACUGCCACCGACAUUGUUGUGGCUGCCGGUCGAGCGAGCCUCGGUGAUCCCAGCAGGGUCCGGAAUGGCAAUGCUGGGCUUUCCGAGUCUGCCAUCCAGACCGCCCGAGACACCAUCACGAAGAUGCUUGAGCGGGUUGUUGACAAGAUGCGAAUCUCUGCAGCGCCCGUCCACUUGUUGCUGUGUGGUGGCGGCGCUCUGCUCGUCACCGACGACCUCGAGGGCGUAGACCGGUGUAUCCGUCCCAUUCAUGAGGGUGCGGCCAACGCCGUCGGCGCCGCGAUCGGCAAGAUAAGCGGCGAGAUUGAUGUGAUUGAGAUACUUGCUGGUCGAGACGAGAAGGCCGUCGUGGCACAAGUGUGCCAGAAGGCCAUCGAAGCUGCCGUCUCAAAGGGCGCUGUCAGGGACGACAUCCGGAUUGUUGAGGUGAACCGGAUGCCACUCCAAUAUGUGGACAAUGGUGCUAUAAGGAUCCAAGCCCGGGCGGUAGGUAAGCUCGCCAUGCCCAGCCCGGAAGUUCUCUGCCAUGGAGCAGCAGGCAUGGACCACAGCGCCAACAUUGGCAACGACUUCGAGGAAUGCGAUGAGGGUGUCAAGAUUGGCAUCCCAGAUGCUCUCGAACCCACCACAAAGCCUUCCCUCAAGGUUGACCUGAACACGUACCGGCCUGAUGUACGCGACGGAAGCUGGUUCGUCUCCGAGGUUGAUCUCGAGCUCAUCUCAACUGGCUGCGGCGUGCUGGGCACGGGCGGUGGUGGGCCAACGCACCACGAAUUCCUCAAGGGCCUGCAUGCUCUGCGCACCAGCGAGCCUGGGUCAAUGCGGAUCGUGGCCCCAGAGUCUCUUGCUGAUGACGACGUGGUGUGUUUUGGCUCGUGGUACGGCUCACCCAGUGUCAUCAACGAGAGGAUCGCGUCGGGAACGGAGAUUCCCAGCGGCAUCGACGCUCAAAAGAAGCUUCGAGGCAUUGAAAAGUUUGCUGCCGUCUUCGCAGACGAAAUUGGCGGUGGCAACGGGAUGAGCACUUUUCCUACGGCCGUGCGCUACAAUAUACCUGUCGUUGACGGGGAUGCCAUGGGCAGAGCGUACCCCACAAUGUAUCAUGCUACUCUCAGUGUGUAUGGGCACAGCCUGACGCCGUGUGCACUCUCUGAUGCACGGGGCAACGUCUCUGUCGUCAUGAGCACCGACAGCCCCAUCCGCCUCGAGGAGCUGUUGAGGACGUCAGCAAUCCAGCUCGGCCUGGCCUGUGCUGUCUGUGCAGCACCUCUCCCGGCAUCUGCCAUCAAGAAGCACGGAGUGCCGAACACGCUGUCGCAAGCCUGGUAUCUGGGCCGCGCAGUUCACCUCGCCCGCAGGAACAAGUCGAGCUAUAUCGACGCUAUUUUCUCCGAAUGUGCCGGCAAGCUGCUCUUUUCUGGCAAGAUUGUCGAUGUGAGGCGGCAUGUAGGAGCUGGCUAUACGAUGGGCAGCGUCGUCAUUGCGCCCAUGGGCGACGAUGAGCCCUGCGAUUCCGCCCUCCAAGAACGGCUUCCUCGCGAUGGACGACACAUGGUCAUCCCCUUCCAGAACGAGUAUCUGUACGCCUCGUUGGUGCCGCCUAGCAGCGCUGAUACCAUGGCCCCUGAUGCCGGUGAGAUUGUUUGCACGGUCCCAGACCUCAUUUCCAUCCUUGACCAGGACGGCGAGGCGAUCGGGUCGCAAGAUCUGAGGUACGGGUUGAGAGUUAAUGUGAUAGGCCUUCCUGCACACCCACUGUGGAAAACCGAACCGGCCAUGGCUGUUGGCGGGCCCAAAGGAUUCGGGCUAGACCAUGUCGAUUUUGUUGGUGUUGGGGAUUACACGCCGCCUAAAAGCGUGCUUCAACAGUAUGGGCGCGACAAGUUAUAG